AUGGCGCCCAGAUCCCACAUUGCCAGCGGCACCGAUGAUCUACCAGAUCCUGCAUCAUCCUCCGCAAAGAACACCCCGGAUGCAGGUACACCAAAGUUGGACUCUUCCACCACCAACACAAACACCGCGCAACCAACCGCACAAGACACCAACGAAAAUGCUACACCAUCCGAUUCCAUGACCAAAAACAGCAUGGCGGCUUCCGACCCAUCUAACAAGGACGCCAUGUCCGGACCAUCACCUUACGGCACGCGAUCGCGAAAUCGCGGCCAGCCGCGGCCAAAUUAUGCAGAGGACAAGGAUGUAGACACUGAAAUGUUUGACGUCUAUCCCGAGAAAAAGGAGCAAGAGUCGAAGAAGCAGUCACGACAAGCGGCAAACGGAAGCGCGGAUGCACCACGCGCGGGUGGUCCCAACGGCCGCAAGAACGCUGCUGCUGCUGCUGCUGCUGCCACAGACGAGCACAAGGCGGCAAAUCCUCAGGUCGAAACUGAGGACAGCAAGAGCGGCGUUUCUGUCACCACUUCCACUGCUGCAACCCCGACCGCGAACACCCCCGCGACUGCGACUAUUACCUCGAAAAAGCGAAAGGCGGCAGCACAAGCGACUGCAAAUGGCACUUCGGCGCAUUCAACUCCUGCCAAUGUACAGAGCUCCGCGACGCGACGCACCACUGCUACGAUUGUGACAGGCACAGGGUUCAAAGAGUCAAACAUGCUUAGUUUUGAACAACACGGCGCAAAACCAAAGGAUGGAAAACUUAUUGCCGAUGAUGGCACAACGAUUGAAAAGAAUGAUCAUGUCUACUUGGUGUGCGAGCCGCCCGGAGAGCCGUACUACCUGGGCCGUAUCAUGGAAUUCCUGCACAUGCAAAAUGACGCGUCCAAACCAGUAGAUGCGCUGCGCGUCAAUUGGUACUACAGACCAAAAGACAUUGGCAAAAGGGUCAAUGACACCAGAGUUGUAUUUGCGACGAUGCACUCGGAUAUCAGCCCAUUGACGGCAUUGCGCGGCAAAUGCGAGAUCCGCCACAAGGCCGAGAUCCCAAACAUGGAGGAGUAUCGAAAGACGUCAGACUGUUUCUGGUUUGAGAAACUCUACGACCGCUACAUUCAAAAACACUACGAUGUAAUUCCAUGUGCACAGAUUGUCAACGUGCCGACAAAGGUCAAGAAGGUUUUGGACGAGCGCUGGAAAUACAUCUUGGUGGAACAGGGCCGCUCCAAGGAAUUCACAAGUGCAGUCAAGUCGUGCAAGAGGUGUAGUGGAUACUGUGCCAACAAUGAUUCGGUCGACUGCGCCGUCUGUAAGCAGACAUAUCACAUGAACUGUGUGAGACCUCCCUUGCUCAAGAAGCCCUCUCGUGGUUUUGCCUGGGCCUGUGCCGCGUGCAGUCGCGCACAAGAGAGAAAACUUGAAGCUAGGCACACUCCGAGUUUGGCAGACUCGCAUCCCGAGGCAGAAGAAGAGGAGCUUUGGGACGAAGAGGAUGAUGACCAUGGUGCCGACACGAAUCGCACCAGCCCUGCCGACGGCAUAGAUGACACCCACCAGCCGGCAACUGCCGAGCAGAUCUACCAAGCAAGUCUUUGGCCGUGGCGAUAUCUAGGACAACACUGCAAGCCCGAAGAUGCGCUCGAUUACGAUGAUCGCAUCUAUCCCAGAGCCGGAUCUCGAUUAGGUCCCAAACAUCAAGCAAUUGUUUCCCCAUGGCCGGGUCGCCCAGUGGAAUUGGUCAAACCACUCGAGAUCAAAAAGAGUGGUCGCAACAAUAAGCCCAGCAAGGAGCUCCAGGCUGCCAUUGAGGCCGAGAAACUGGCCCGAGAGACGAGGCCCAAAUGGGUCCAGGAUGAACCCCCGGGAUAUGUGGCACGAGGUGAAGACUUUGAUAAUGACGAUCCGCGGUGCACAGCGCAGUUGCUGUGGAAGCCUGCCGAGGCCGCCGGUGCAGAUAUCACGGACCCUGAGAUCGAUGCAUACAUGAAGAAGGCUCUAGCACUGGCACCAUCGCUCAAUGUUCCGGUCCACUCCACGAAUCUCAUGGAUGUGGCGAGAGACAUGCUCUUCAAGAGUGAUUUCAAGCCUAACGCGGCGCUGAAGCUGAUACCCAAUGUGGAACGCGCCGAUUUCAAGGAACCCAACUUGACUCCGGCAGAGCAGAAGAAGUUUGAAGAGGCUGUGUCCAAAUUCGGAUCAGAGCUGUAUCCCGUGAGGAAGUACGUCAAGAGUCUGGACUACAGGACAAUAGUGAGAUACUAUUAUACUUGGAAAAAGACGCCAAAAGGAGUUCAAAUCUGGGGCAGCUUCUCGGGAAGAAAAGGCAAGAAAGAACUCAAAAAGGCCGAGGCCACUGCCAACAAACUUCAAGAUGACGUGGCCGACGACCAUGACGAUUCGGCAUUCGAUACGGACAAGGCCUUGGAGCGCAAGCGGAACUUCAUUUGCAAAUUUUGCAACACAAAAGCCUGUAGGCAAUGGAGACGAGCUCCCAACGUUUCAGCUGCACUCAUCACAGAGGGAUCGGGCAAGAACAAGGAGAAAGGCGCGCAGUAUAUUGUCGCGCUUUGCAGGCGAUGUGCUGAGCUGUGGCGACGAUAUGCCAUACAAUGGGAGGAUGUGGAUGAGCUUGCCAAGAAGAUCACCUCCACCAGCGGACGAGCCUGGAGACGCAAAGUGGAUGAAGAACUUCUCAAGGAACUCCAUGCCGCAAAUGAGAUGAUGAGCGCCACAAUUUAUACCUCGCCGAGCCCUGAGGUACAAAAUGCUGUGGCGGCACCCGAACCCGUUGCCACUGAACCUCCCCCUCGAAAGAAGCUCAAAACGCUUGCCGACAAGGAGGCAGAGGCUCAAGCAUCAGACACCGGCAGUGGGAGCGGAGUUGCGGUCCCCAAGAAGAAGGAGAAGGUUGCGGAGAAGCCGGCACCUCCGCCCCCGGCGCCCGAGGUCCCUAAGCCUCGCGUACUUCCGUGUGCGAUCUGCGGGCAGAUGGGUCUCAAUGGUGAACAGCAACUGCUCUCAUGUAAGGAGUGUCGGCUCAGUGUUCAUCGCAAGUGCUAUGGCGUGGUCGACAAUCGUAAUCCUGGCAAGUGGACUUGUGACAUGUGCCUGAACGAUAAGAACCCGCAGCUGUCUCUGGAAUACCGAUGCGUCUUGUGUCCCGUUGAGUACACCGAACAUGACUUUGUUGAGCCAUCCAAGAAUACACUGAAGAAGAAAACGUCCGAAAAGGACAAGGAGAAAGAACGUCAAGAGCGUGAGGCUGCGCAAAAGGCGGCCGAUCAUUUCCGGAAGAAGCAAGAAGAGAUGAACCGACCCGUCAACCCAAGAGAGCCGCUGAAGAGGACCGCUGACAACAAUUGGGUUCAUGUUACCUGUGCGAUUUGGACAGCCGAAGUCAAAUUUGGCAGUGCCAAAGCGCUCAGCCCAUCUGAGGGUAUCCCAUCGAUACCUAGGGCGCGAUAUGACGAGGUUUGCAAAGCCUGUAAGAAGCAAGGCGGCGCAUGUGUUGCUUGCCAUCAUUGCAAGACACCCAUCCACGUCGAGUGUGCUCACCAAAACGGUUACUUGUUGGGAUUCGAGGUCACUCCGGUCAAGGGCUCACGGCGAGACCAAUUCAACAUUGUUACCAUCAACGGCGAGACUGGUACCAUGUCUGCCGCAAUAUGGUGCAAGGAGCACAUUCCAGCCAAGACAAUGGUCCACAGAAUGUAUGAUAUCGUGGAGCAACCUGAAGGACAAAGUACAGGUCCUGUUGCCUCCAAUGCACUGCAAUUCUAUGUCCAGAAUUUCAAACAGGCAGACCUCACCCUCACAGGAACUGUACGAAAGGCCAACCUCAUCGCCAUGGCGACCAAGACACCCACUGCUGCGUUGCCAUCCGGGCCAAACCGCCGAUCAUCGACCACGACUGGCCUUACGAAUGGCACGGGCGCUCAGCGCUCAGCCUCGAUCGACAACUCAAACGAUGGAUCGAUCUCAUUGGCUCAGGUUGGGGACAAGAUUUGCAUUACCUGUGGUAUCGACGUCAGUCCCAAAUGGUGGCCAAUUGCCAAGGAUCAGGAAAAGGCACUUAUCAACGGCCAUUCCGGGGUUAUGCGCAGCGAGGCACAGAAGUUUGUCCAGCAAAGGAAUGUCCAGUGUCAUAAGUGCAGAAAGGCCGGCAAGAAACCAGAGGCACGUGUCGUUCCACCGCCGCCUGCUGAAGAGAUAUCACGGCCUGAACCUAUUCGGGUAGCACCUGUGAUAACCCCCCUGAGAACCCCAGCGCCAGCCGUAACGGAACCAAGACCAGCACCGCAGCCAUUCUCCUGGGCACCUCCGAGCCAGACGCCCAUUGUGUCAGCGGCGCCGCCUCCCGUUGCGCCUCCCCCCAUCCAGGCACCUCUUACAGGGCCACCACCUCUUCCGCUGAACCCUCCACAUGCCGUACUUGGCGGACCGAGUCCGAUAGCUGCACCUGGACCACCAUCAGCCACUCUCAGCUAUCCGCAAGCCGGGCCACCUUAUGGCGACUGGCACCGCAACACGACUCAGCGCUCUCCUACUCUGCAUCAGCACAAUAGCGGCGGUCCAGCCAAUCCGAUGCAUUUGAACCACCUGCGUGAUCUUCGUCCGCCUCCCAUCGCGCCGAUGGCGCAUCAUCAUCAGGGACCACCUCCCCUCCGACCCGGUUCUAUGGGACAGCCUUUGAUGAACGGCUUACCCCCAUCGCCCCGGCGGGACACGCAUCUCUCCAAUGGCACGGGUCCAUACCAUCCUUACCAUCACCAGACCCAUCAUUCGCUCCAUAACCUGACGAAUGGUGGCCCACCGCCCAGGGCGACUGAGCAUUCGUUUUCCCAGGGCCUCCUCACACAGAGACCCCCAUUCCCAACCUCUCAUGGCAGUCCGCCCAUUGCUAGAGGAGGAAUUCCCUUAAGUCGUGAGUCGAGUCUGUCAAACAACCCACCGCCGCGUCCAAGUGAGCCUCGACCUGCCAGCGGAGCUAGCGCUAGUCCGUCACUCCGCAACCUGUUGUCAUAA